CGUUGGACGCCAUAGUUGUGUAAAAGAGCGGGAAAUUUUGACGUUUGGAAUCGCCGCCAUGUUUGUUUUGAAGACCCUCAUAUUCUGCUCAGCAUGGCUCCUAAUCCAAUGCCAGAACGGGCCAACAACUACUCCUGUACCGAUCCUGAAGCAGAUUAACCGACAAAAUGACGAUGGCUCCUACAGCUAUGGCUAUGAAGCGGCCGAUGGCUCCUUCAAGAUUGAGACGAAGUAUCCCAAUGGAGAUGUGGCCGGGAAGUAUGGAUAUGUUGACGAGAGUGGAAAAUUGAGAGAGAUAUCAUACGGAGCUAGCAGUAAGAGAGGAUUUGAACCUCAAGGUGCCGGCAUCAUGGUACCACCGCCGACAUUGAACGACAACCCCAGCAACGCUUUGACCGACGGCCAGGAGGACGACGGGCAAUACAGAGAGGACCCCAAGAUCUACGAGGACCCCAAAUACAACGGCAAAGCCACCAGGCCCACCUUCAAGCAGUUCCUGCAGCCAGCACAACCCACUGCCCAGCCCGAACCACAGUACCAACCCUACCAGCAACCGUCCCAGUUGAGAUCAGCACCGCUUUACACCCAGCAAACCAAUACCUUCAGCCAAUCGCCACAGCAGUUCCCAAGAGAGAGACCACAGAGCCAAAUCUACCACCAACAACCACAGUUCUCUUAUCAGGCGUUCACUGCGCAACCGUAUAAUCAAUAUCAAAACCAGUAUCAGAACUAUCAGCCUCAGAAUUAUCAGCCUCAGAAUUAUCAGACACAAAAUUAUAACCCGUUCGUGGGUCACCCGGCGCAGAAUUUCGACCCCAACACAGGCUCUUACACGAUUAAUUUCACUGGUUAAGAAAUAAAUAAUUAAUAUGUGAAUGGUAUUUUUGACAUUGCAAUGAUUCAAAUCACGAAUGAGUUAGAUGAAAUAACUUGACCUUAAAUAAAAAAAAUACAAUAAAUAAAUUCAAGCAAAAGAAAUUAAAAAAUUACUUAAUUUUUUUUUAAGUUAAAAAUUGAUAUAGAUAAAAACCACAAUUUAGGGAAAAGAAUAAAUAAAAAUAACUAAAAUACUGGAUAAUAUUAUAUUAAACAAUAUUUAAUAUUAAUUAAGUAUGAAUAUGUUUUUAUAACAGCCCCUGAAAAUUUAAUUGCACUUUUAAAACCAAAUAUUAAAAUUCAGCUCAAGUGAUUUGGAUCAAAUAAGUGUCAUAAAACGAGUUUUUGGUUUAUUAAAACUAUACGUAUUUAAGAGUAUCCCAAAGCGAUGCGAAGUAAAAUCGAUGUAUUGUAAAUAUUGUUUAGUGCUAGUCAGUAUAUUUUGUAUAAUUAUUGGAAAACGUAGCUUUAAUUUUUAUACUUCGUGAUUUAAUACUUCGUAAAUUAUUUUAGCUAUUACUAAAAUUUUAUGAAAAUGUUGAGGCCUUCAAUAUUUUUGACUAAAAAUAUUAUUAUUCAUGUUAUUUUCUGCUAUUUUCUACUAUCUUCAAAUCUUCCUAAUAUUAUAACAUUAUAUACAUAAUUUUGAUAAUUCAUUAAAAAUAAAUCAUAUAAUAGUUACUAAUUUGUAUACAUACCUACAAAUAAUAACGUCUAUAUCCCUUGCGGAGUAGACAGGGCCGACAGUCUUGAAAAGACUGAUAGGCCACGUUCAGCUGUUAGGUUUAACGAUUUGAGUUGCUUACCCAUCGCCUAAAAGAAGAGUUUCAAUCAACGAAUUUAAUUCAUUUAAAAUACUUACAAUACUUAGUAACAAUGUAACGUGUAUUUGCAAUUACCAAAGUAAUAUCAAUAUUUUUAAUUAUAUCAUCACUUAAAUAUCUAUCUGAUAAAAUGUUUGUAAACGGUGUUAUGUAACAAAUGUACAGCAAACAAUAAAGAACUAAUUUUCGCGCCCAUUGAAUACAAAAUGGCCGUCGAUUGUCAAAGUACAACGUGCA